AUGCCACCGACAUUAACCCUGUCGAAUACAAAAGAACAAGAGAAAAAAGUUAUAACGGCUUAUUCACCAUUCUCAUUCUUUGACGAUUCAACACAAACAACAUGUACAACACUAAGUAUUCCACAAUCACUGUUCAGCCAGGAAGCGAUAGAUUCGCUGCAAUACCCGACGAAAUCAGCUGCACCUUCAGAUUUGGUACACAGCUCCGACGGGUCACUUAUAAGUGUCUUUAAUAGCGAAUCUACUCCCUUGGCAUCGCCGACUUACACAAAUCUUGAACCAUCAUUAGAUCUACCACCUUUCGGCGAUUUCUCAUUUAUUCAACAAAUUCUUGAUAAUACUACCGUAACGACACCUAUACCUGAUCUUGACUUUGACAGUGACUUAUUUGAAAAUAUACCCGACGAUUCUAUAACAUUUGAUCAACUCCUCGAUUUCGAUCCAACAAUGACAAUUCAAGAACUUACUAAUGUUCCUAUGGAACAAUAUCCUGCACAGGAAAUAUCUUCAUCAUUACCAUUUGAAUCAUCACAUGAUGACACAACAAUUUCUUCAGUUAGUUCACCACAAUCUGACUAUAGUGAACAUGAUAAUGUUAUUCAACGUACAGUGAAAAAAAGUGGUCCAGCUGGUAAAGUAGCACGCUUUGGAAAUAAACAAGUUAUUAAAUACUCAGACGAAUAUCAUACUCGACGUGUAAAAAAUAAUGAAGCAGUUAAAAAAAGUCGAAUGAAAACCAAAGAAAAACAAAAAACAAGUGAAGUACAAAUGAAUAAAUUAACAGAAGAAAAUCGCAUGUUAAAUGAUCGUGUAGAUUUAUUAAUGAAUGAAAUACAAGUAUUACGAUCACUUUACAAAGGACUUAAACCAGAUUCAACAAUGGAAAGUGGUCAAACAUUGAAACGAACUAUUGCACCGUGA